GUGGUUCCACAGUGAUGUGGAUGCGUUUUUAGAUGAGCGCAGACGAAUAGGCCAUCCUUAUGGUAACAACAUGGAAUUCUGUAUAGGAACAGCGGCGGUUCGAUUACCCGUGUUGACCUCCUGAACUCACAUUUGUACUGAACGUACCCAUGCCGCCCCCUAACUCCCCCGGUCAGUGCUGACAGCAUUAAUAGCGCAGCCCUGUGAGGAAGAACUAAUUGUAGCGGCACGAGAUGGCAUUCUCUUACCCCUCACUCGCGGUAAUUUUAAUGUUAGCUAUUCAACAGUCUACAGGAUUUUGGCUUUUCAAUGUAAUUUUCCCUCCAACUGCAAAACCUCAUACUGCAAGCAACAACACUCCGCCGGUUAUUAUAGUUCCAGGAAAUUUAGGAAAUCGUCUGGAAGCGAAGAUUGAUAAACCCACCCUGGUGCACUGGAUGUGUUACAAGAAAACUGACCACUUUUUCACUCUCUGGAUAGACCUGAACAUGUUCAUGCCAGUUGGCAUAGACUGCUGGAUUGACAAUAUCAGGAUUGUGUACAACAAGACCACACGUAAGACAACCAAUGCCCCUGGUGUGGAGGUGAGAGUGCCUGGCUUUGGGCAGACGUAUCCAGUGGAGUUUCUCGAUACAAACAGAUUAGCAGGUUACUUCCACACCAUGGUCCAGCAUCUGGUCAACAUUGGGUAUGUUCGCAAUGAGACGGUUCGAGCAGCUCCUUAUGACUGGAGGAUUGCACCAAAUGAACAGGAGCAGUACUUCACUCAGUUACGGGGCUUGGUUGAGGAGAUGCAUGAUCUGUACCAGCAGCCAGUCCACUUGCUGGGCCACAGCAUGGGCAGUAACUACAUUCUGGUCUUCCUAAAUCAGCAGAGCCAGGCCUGGAAGGACAAGUACAUCAAGAGCUUCAUAUCCCUGGGGGCACCAUGGGGGGGUGCCGUCAAGCCUCUGAGAGUGCUGGCCUCAGGUGAGAACGAUGGCAUCCCUCUGGUGUCCAACAUAAAGAUCCGAGAGGAGCAGCGGAUGACCACCACCAACCCAUGGAUGGUCCCUUCAGAGGAAGCCUGGCCAAAGGACCACACCUUCGUCUCCACCCCCUCUUUCAACUACACCAACCAGGACUACAAGCGCUUCUUCCAGGACAUCAACUUUGAGGAUGGCUGGUACAUGUGGGAGGACACCAGAAACAUCACCGCCGGACUGCCCCCACCUGGCGUGGAGGUGUACUGCUUCUAUGGAGUGGGGCUCCCCACACCGGUCACCUACGUGUACGAUGACCAAUUCCCCAACGCCGACCCAGUGGACAUGAUUUACAGUGACGGUGACGAUACAGUGGACAGCCGGAGCAUGGGCCUGUGCAAGCGCUGGGCAGGCCAGCAGGAGCAAUCGGUCCAUGUGAAAGAGUUGAGGGGCCUGCCCCACCUGGACAUUGUCUUCAACCCCAAGGUUCUGCUCAUGAUCCAGAGGAUCCUCGAGGGGGAGCACAGGGACGAGGUGUUCAGUGCAUACGACCUCUAUCCUACACAGGCCCCUCGCCCACAGAACAAGAGCCAGCCGCCCACAGAUCAGUCGCCCACCGAUCAGCCCCCUCUCUCCUCACCUUAGGUCAGGCCUACAUGGAGGCAGAAUCAGCACUCUUAAAUAGAGAUCCCUGGCUAUCAUGAGUGUACAUGUGUACAAUGCUAAUGAGUGUUGGAGUAAACUUCUCUGUUGGUAACUCAAAGCUAACAUCACACACAUUAGCGAGACAGCGGUUUAAACAGGUAUCAAGCAGGAGAAAGUGUUCCUUCUUUACAUAGUCUUCACAGACUCUUACAUUCUGAAUCUUUUCAGCCUCUGUUGUACAGUAUGUGUUACAUGUGUUGUUUUUCCGUUGUGUUGAAGAUGGAUUAUUUUAGGUGCCUUAAAUACAAACUGUUUCUUUUUA